AUGACUUCUCAACUUGCCUCUUUUAAAGUUCCCGUCAUUGACAAUGAGCCAAUGAAAAAUUACGCUGCUGGCAGUGAGGAGAGGAAGGGGUUGCAGGCUGCCGUUGAGAAGAUGCUCAACAGUGCUCCUUACGAAGUCCCAUGUGUGAUCAACGGGAAAGAGGUUAAAACCGGUGAUAUCCAAUCACAACCUAUGCCUCAUGAUCAUGCCAACCCCUUGUGUACCUACCAUGCCGCUUCGAGCGAAGAUGUCAACCAAGCUAUUGAAGGUGCCUUAGCCGCUCGACAAUCAUGGGAAGAGAUCCCCUGGGCCGACAAAGCUGCUAUUUUCCUUAAAGCCGCCGACUUGAUCGCCGGUAAAUACAGAUACGAAUUGAUGGCUGCUACCAUGCUUGGUCAGGGUAAAAACGCUUGGCAAGCUGAGAUCGACGCUGCUGCUGAGCUCUGUGACUUUUUGAGAUUCUCAGUCAAAUACGUCGAAGAACUCUACCAACAACAACCUCCUAGAAACUCCCAAGGUGUCUGGAACCGAGUUGAGUUCCGACCCCUUGAAGGCUUCGUCCUUGCUGUCACCCCUUUCAACUUCACUGCCAUUGGUGGUAACCUCGUUGGUGCUCCCGCUAUCGUUGGUAACGUAAUCGUCUGGAAACCAUCCCCAAUGGCUACCUACUCCAGCUACAUCGUCCACAGAAUCUUCCUCGAAGCCGGUAUGCCUCCAUCCGUGAUCCAAUUCGUUCCCGGAAACGCACCUGAAGUUGUCAAACAAUGUAUCGACCACAAAGCCUUUGCUGGUUUACACUUCACUGGAUCUACCCAAAUCUUCCGAAAAUUGUGGAAGGACAUCUCUAACAACCUUGACAUUUACCGAGGAUACCCAAGAAUCGUUGGUGAAACCGGUGGAAAGAACUUCCACUUGUACCACUCAUCCGCCGAGAUCAAAUCAGGUGUUCACCAAGCUAUCCGAGCAGCUUUCGAAUACUCUGGUCAGAAAUGUUCAGCCUUAUCUAGAUGUUACGUCCCAUCUUCAUUAUGGAACAAUGGAUUCAAAGAUCAAUUAGUUGACGAGACCAACAAGAUCACCGUCGGACCAUGUACCGAAUGGAACCACUUCACUGGUCCUGUCAUUGGUCGACCCGCUUUCGACAAGAUUACCUCCAUCAUCGAACAAGCUAAGAAAGCCGGUGGUGAAGUUAUUGCCGGUGGUGAAUGGGAUGACUCCAAAGGUUAUUUCAUCAAACCUACCGUUAUCGUCACCAAGGAUCCUAAAUCUAUUUCUAUGACUCAAGAGAUCUUCGGUCCAGUGUUGACUGUAUACGUAUAUGAAGAUUCGGAAUAUGACAACUUGCCUAAAUUGAUUGAAGAUACUACCGAAUACGCUUUGACCGGAUCGAUCUUCGCUCAAGAACGUGCUGCCUUGGUAUCUGCCGCUCACAAAUUACGGAACGCCGCUGGAAACUUCUACAUCAACGACAAAUGUACUGGUGCCGUUGUUGGGCAACAGCCUUUCGGUGGUGCUAGAGCUUCGGGAACAAACGAUAAAUCAGGUUCUAUCGCUAUUUUCUCGAGAUUCGUUUCAAUGAGAUCUAUCAAGGAGAACUUUAUCGCUCCUCAGGAUCACUACUACCCUUCCAACUUCCUUUAA